GUCAACAUUGGCAGCUGGCACAAGCACAACUGUCAUUAAUCAGUCAAAAAUAAAAAAUCACAACAUUCGAAUGUAUUCUCAAAAAUAAAUAAUAUCCAUUCGGUUAUGGCAUAAAAAAAUUAACGAAAACGACAAAAAAUGAGUUCACCGGCUAAAGGGGUUGCUUUGCCGCAAUCGCCUGUUAAAGGAGGUUCACCAACAAAACCUGGUUCACCUCUGGCGCAGUCUAAGAAAUCAAGUAAAGCAUCCUCACCUACGAGAUCAACAGGUGCAGCACAGCCCUUUGUCCAUCAAAAUUCUGAUGAUGAAGACUAUUACACGAGACCCGACUUUAUUUACGGCGGACCAUUUAUCGGCGUGAAUAGACCAUCCCCAUUCUUAGAUACUGGGACGCCGAUGAAUUUGCCGCUACAAGGGACAUUUAAAAAGAGCUUCGCGUAUUUUUCUCUGAAAGAAAGAAUACCAGUGAUAUUAACUAAAAUAAUCGAUUACUUGUCAAGAGAUGGAGGCAGCAUCAAAUCUGCCAAUGGCGCGUCAGAGGAGGAUCUUAAAAAUUUUAUGCAAUCUGUGGUCAAGUUGAAGAACGAUUUAGUAACGAAUAAAGAUUAUGAUCCGUUUACUGUAGACACGGCUAACGCAAAAAAAUGGAACAUGUGGAUAGAGAAUCAAGAAAAUAAGAAAUAUUUUAAUAAUACUUGGAUGUUUACCGAAUGUUAUUUGUACAGAAAGCUUAGAGAAGGUUGUGAAUUGACCAAAGGUUUACAGAAGUUCGAUUAUUUUGAAGCUCAAAAGAAGAGUGCUUUUGACAACAAUGUAGAGUUGAUGUGCAUAGUCGCUGACAAAAUGGUGACCAUGGUCAAUAAGUCUGAAAAAGACAAGCGGAAAGCUGAUUUCAUCACUUUACUGAAGAUAUGCCUGUGGGCGAACAAAUGCGACCUGUCCCUCUCUCUAGGGUCCCAGGUGAACCUGAUCCAAGCGGCGAAGGAUGCCACUGAGAAACUCCGCCUGAACCCACCCCCACCCCCGCCCCCUCCCAAGAAGGGUAAGAAGGGGAAGCCCGCUAAGGAGGCCGCGCCACAAGCACCGCUUGUCAUCAGCCACGAUCCGUUUCAAAUGAUACUGGAUUUGAAGGAUAAGUUGUUAGUGGAUGAUACGGCUAAAAUAGCCGACCAGGUUCAGAACAAAGCUGACGCUAUGCUGAAAGCUAUCAAUGCGAAUACGACGUUUAAGUUCAAGUGCAGUUGUCAUAGGUUGGCCACGCUCGCCGGCGUGCCGUUGUGUAAAGAUGAAGCCGCGGAAGAAGUGAAGGAUACGAAAGACGCGAAGGAUACGAAGGAUACGAAAGACAAGAAGGAGACGAAAGAAGCAGCUCCUGCGGAAGCCAAGGAUGGGAAGGAGAAGAAGGAAGAUGCUCCCAAACCCAUACCCUGCCCUGCCAAGAUGACUGUCCCUCAAGCUGUAAUGUUCGAUAUUGUGUGUGACAACACUGGGUACGAGCUUUUCGCGGAUCUAUGUCUAGCGCACUUCUUGGUCGCACAGAAGAUAGUACAAAAGGUGAGAUUCCACGUCAAAGACAUGCCGUGGUUCAUCUCAGACGUUACUGAAAAGGAUUUCAGAUACGUGAUUGAUGCUUGCAGUAAUAGCAAUUUCAGCAAAGAAGCGUCGUCCGGCGCCACGGAGGGCGAGGGGGGUGCGCCCAAAAUCAUCAAGGCGGACAACCUGAGGUUACUCGGUCAGGCGUGGAACCAGUACCUUACUGAUGGCGUCUUCCAGGUCAUGGCCGAAGAGUUCUGGACGACCCCCCACGUAUACAGAGACAUGAAGAAGUACGACCCCAUCCUGUACCGCAAGCUGCAGUACGCCGUGGCGAUCAUGUUCAAGGGGGACCUCAACUACCGCAAGUUGUUAGGAGACCGGAAUGUCAACCCCACUACUGGGUUCGAAGCUUCCUUGCAAGGUUUCAUCCCGGCUCCGAUAAUAGCGGUACGUACCGUGAAGGCGGAGCUCAUCUGCGGGCUACCGAAGGGCAAGUGGGACCAACUCACUACUGCUGAUGAGAAGUGGAUGCAGAGCGGAGAUUAUGGCGUGAUUCAGUUCUGUCCGAAAGGCGAAGCGCUCAAGGUAUCGGACCGUCCCUGCAUGGACUACUGUCAAACCUGCUUCGGAGUCGUAUGUCCUGAACAUACUGAUAUUUGAUCGUUUGUGUCGACUGAACUCAUUCUUUGUUGUUUAUGUUUAUAAAAAUAAAAGUUUUUACUCUUUACUCGUAUUUUGGGCACAGUGAGCUUCUACACCACUUUCAUAGAUAAAUCUAAAUGUUAUUUACUUGUUAAUUUUUAUUUACAUAGCUAUGAUCAAAUUUUAAAUAAAUGUUUUUUGAAUUUUCA